GGCGCAGUCGGCCGGCCCCAUGCUGCUGAGCGGAGCUCCGCCCGCGGGCUCCGGCCCCGGGCCGCGGGCUCAGGGCGGCGCGGGGGGCGGCUCGCGCCGGGGCGCCGGGGGGCCCGGGGCCGGCCCGGGCGGGGGCGGCAGCGGCGGGGUGGCCAGGUGGCUGCGGGAGCACCUGGGCUUCCGCGGGGGGAGCGGCGGCGGCGGCGGCGGGGGCAAGCCGGCGCCCCCGGAGCCGGACUACCGGCCGCCCGCGCCCUCCCCGGCCGCGCCCCCCGCGCCGCCCCCGGACAUCCUGGCCGCCUACCGGCUGCAGCGGGAGAGGGACUUCGAGGACCCCUACUCCGGGGGGCCGUCCGGCUCCGCCGCCCCGGCCGCCCCGGCGGCCCCCGGCCCCGCGCCGCCCCCGCGCCACGGCUCGCCCCCCCACCGCCUCAUCCGGGUCGAGACCCCGGGCCCCCCGGCGCCCCCGUCCGAAGAGCGGACCCCCGGACCCCCGGCCGGCGGCGACAGGCUGGCAAUCCUAGAAGACUAUGCAGACCCGUUUGAUGUCCAGGAGACAGGUGACAGCCUCGCAGGAGCUUCUGGAGCCCCAGAGAAGGUCCCGGAAAACGAUGGCUACAUGGAGCCCUAUGAGGCCCAAAAGAUGAUGGCCGAGAUCCGGGGCUCCAAGGAGACGGCCAGUCAGCCCCUGCCGCUGUAUGACACACCCUACGAGCCCGAAGAGGAGGGGGCCACCCCCGAGGGCGAGGGGGCCCCUUGGCCCCGGGAAUCCCGCCUGCCUGAGGACGACGAGAGGCCGCCCGAGGAGUAUGACCAGCCCUGGGAGUGGAAGAAGGAGCGGAUCUCUAAAGCCUUUGCUGUUGACCUUAAGGUCAUCAAAGACCUACCUUGGCCUCCACCGGUGGGACAGCUGGACAGCAGCCCCCCCCUGCCCGACGGGGACAGGGACGUCUCCGGUCCAGCCUCACCCCUCCCCGAGCCCAGCCUGGAGGAUGGCAGCGGGGCCUCAGUGGCUGUCACUGGUGUGUUCCCCACAGCCCAGUUUGAAGGAUCUGAGAAGAGCUGCCUGUCACCCAGCCUGGAGGAGAAGGGGCGCCUACCUCCCCGACUCUCUGCAGGGACCCCCAAGUCAGCCAAGCCCCUGAGCAUGGAGCCCAGCAGCCCCCUGGGAGAGUGGACAGACCCAGCCCUGCCUCUGGAAAACCAGGUCUGGUACCAUGGGGCCAUCAGCCGGACGGAUGCCGAGAACCUGCUCCGGCUGUGCAAGGAGGCCAGCUACCUGGUGCGCAACAGCGAGACCAGCAAGAAUGACUUCUCCCUGUCCCUCAAGAGCAGCCAGGGCUUCAUGCAUAUGAAGCUGUCUCGGACCAAGGAACACAAGUAUGUGCUGGGCCAGAACAGCCCGCCCUUCAGCAGCGUCCCGGAGAUCGUGCACCACUACGCCAGCCGCAAGCUGCCCAUCAAGGGCGCCGAGCACAUGUCCCUGCUCUACCCCGUGGCCAUCCGGACUCUGUAGGCGCGAGGCUUGGGCACUGCGUUCGGCCUGCACCCAGUCCUGUGCCUGCGCCCGGGCUGAGGGCUGUGGUCCGUCCCAGGCCUUUCUUCCCCUCUCCCCGGGGUGGAGAUUCCUUAAUUUAUUCUAAAGAGUAAGGGCUAUGGGGCCUUGGAGUAAGAGGAGGUCUGGAGCCGAGGAGAGGAUUAGCCCUGGGCAGCCCCUGGAGGAAGGGGGCUUCCAAAACGGCGAGUCUCCCGGAAGAGUUUCAGAUCUGCAGCCCCAGGCCCUUUCCGCCUGUGGGGCCGAGGGGGCAGCCUCCUUCCCCUCCACCCUCUCCCCCAGGCCAGUGCAAGGCAGAGCAGGACGCAGGCCCGUGGGGCACCCUGACCUCUUCCCCUCCACACACACACACACACACACACCUUCCCCUCCACACACACACCACACACACACACACCACACACACACCUUCCCCACCACACACACACACACACACACACACACACACACGCCCCGCAGCCCCCUGGGAUGGAGACUGCAUGGGGCGGGAGAGGGAGAGAGGAUGGGGCGGAGGGAAUCGGUGUGGUCCCCGUCGUUCGGACUCCCGGCGCCCGGCCAGAGGCAAUAAAUAACCCGGUGCCGCCUGCACAGCGUCUGCGCCUUCAGCGCCGCAGCCCGGGCUGCCGGGUGGGGAGCGGCGGAGCGAGCACCGAUCUGUUUAUACAUCAGCUCCGAGCAGACACAGGCCGGCUGCGAAAAGCGCCUUCCAAGCAUCGAGUUCCUUCCUUUGACGAGCGAUCAAAACACCCCGCGUGGCCCCCGCCCCGGAGCCGCCGGCCUCGUGGCGCCCCCACCCCGCCGCCGCGCCGGCUCCGGCUCCGGGGAGCGCGUCCCAUUCCCUGCCUCCGGCCCGUGUCUGGGCGGAGGGAGCCGGAGACAAAGAGGCAGCGCGCCAGCGGGAGGAGCGGGGGCCCUGCCACGCGGAAGCCGCGCGCCCGCGAGCUGGGAAAGCUGGCACAGCCACUGCGUUUCCUCUCCAGAGGAAGCGGGCCUGCCGCCGCCGCCUCCGCUCACUGAGGAUGGGUCCGCCCGGACCUGCAGCCGGCGGGCCUCGACCCGAUCUCCCUCCCCGCCGCGGCUCCGGGCCCAGGCUGGCGGGGUGGGGGGAGGCGUCCGCGCGCGCCCUCUGCUGGCCGUGCCCUUAACUGCGGGACCCGGGCGCGGGAUCACACCGGCCCGGCCGAUGGCCCCCAGUGCGCCCCUGCUGCAAACUGCCGGGGCUUGUGGGCCCAGCUCCUGCGAAUACCCUUGGGCCGCCAGGCAGAGCUGCUGUCGAGCCACUCCAGGCCUGCCCUCCCGCUUUCCUGGGCAAGCUGAACAAAGACUCCACGAGGGGCUGAACACACCCCGGGGAUGGCCGCCUUGGGAGAACAGUCUAAUGAACCUACAUCUGCACUUCCGAAGUGUGAUGCGAAGCAUGGGAUUUUGGAUUUUCGAAUUCAGUGGUUAGUUUAUUAGGGAUCAGGAUGGAGGAUAUGUGAUCCAACAAAUGGACUAGGUAAGAAUCCUGUGGAGACAAUAGAAUCACUUGAAAUUGGGCACUGCUUUAGAAAUUCCCUCAGAAAGGGUUGCCCUAUCUUUAAGUAGAUGCA